AUGCGCCAGGGCGAUGGCUGCGGGGAGCUUGGCCAUGUCGGUGUAGUGGUGGCAGUGGUUUCCAGCAGGAACAUGCAGCAAGCGAUGCGCAGACAAGCCACCGUUAAGACAGCCUUUGUCGGCGCCUUCAGUCCAGAGAGGCAGCCUUUGAAUGCCACGACGCUGAUGGAAGUCUUCCGGGACGAUGAAGGGGAGAUUUUUCCCCAGGAGGACCUGCCACGCGCACUGCCUCUGGAGUACCAAGUUCAUGCUGGAGCAGGAGCACCCUGCACCGGAGAGCUUCACUGUUCCGCGGCAGGGGCUGUGGCAGGCCAGGAAGUUCUGCUGGACAGCUGGCAGCUCGAGUACCAGAAGCGCUUGGCCAACCUGGGAACAAAGCUUCGAGGAUGGCAGCCCAGCCUCCGAGCGAGCGUCGCGAGCACCGGUAAAUCAGCAUCUCUUAGGUGGUCCAAGGCUCUGCUGCCAGACGAUGAAGCCCCGUCUCAGCAGCCGGAUGGCACAGGUUUGGACCUGCACUUCGAAAGCUCCCUGAAGGCUGACAAGCCACAGAGUCUCUCCAAAGUUGAGAACGAGUGGGAGCAGCGUGCUGAAGUGGUGAUUGGUCCACGUGCUCAAGCAAAGUACCUGAAUUUUAGUCUGCCCGUGGGAGUGGCUCUGGGUGCGGUCUUCUCCUCGAGGGCCCAGCCUGGUGAUGGAGCCAGCCAGGCCACACUGCCCUGGCGCCCCAAGUUCUUCGCCGAGCUGAGCUGGCCAGGGCUUUACGAGCUUCGGGGCUGGCUGGUGGAAGCGCAGACCCUCCACCGGCGGAUUGGAGCCUUGAGUGGUCAGGCGAGGCGGGCAUGGAGAAGUAAAGCAGAUCCGUCUCCACCAGCGCAGUGGGCGCUGACACACUUCAAGCAGCAUCCUCCUUUUCGCCUUCCGAACGCUGUUGGCAACAGCAUGGAUUCUGCAUCCUCCUUUCUGCGAGAUCGGCUGACAUGGUUGCGGCAGAGAUCUGAUCCUUGGACGCUGCGGGGCGCGUCGAGACCAGCUGUCAUGCCGGCCACAAAGCUGCGAAUAGGCAGUGAUGGGCCCAGCGCACUUCUAGGCUUACAAAGUGCAGAGGCUGGCCUGGGUGGAUCUGGAUUUGAGAGCGUCGUGGAAGUUAGCAGGCUUGGUUGGGGCGCCAAGCUUGCUGUUGCACUUGGGAUCGCGGACCAAGGCUUCGGACAGCCUCGCUAUGCGGUGACGGCAUCUGGGGCAUGGCACAACUCCACGUCUCUCAUGCAUGAGCUGAAGUGGAUGCUGUCAGAAGGCCAAUGGGCAGGAGUCACGUUUCAAAACGGUGGUCCCGGAAGGUCGCGAUAUGAGGUCAAGAAUAUCAUAGGUUCCGGAUCAUACGGCAGCGUAUGUGAAGCCUAUGACAAAGAGCGUGACCAGAAUGUCGCAAUCAAGCGUGUCAAGCACAUGUUUGAUGACCUGGUGGAUUGCAAGCGGAUCCUGCGAGAAACCGCAAUUAUGACAAGGCUCACCCAUCCCCACAUUGUGCAAAUCUACGACAUCAUCGAGCCAUCUCACAUGCGCAGCUUCGACGAAUUGUACAUAGUUAUGGAGCUGUGUGACUCGGACAUGAAGAAGCUCAUCAAGACGGACGUCCUGCUCACGCCACUCCACAUCAACACCCUGCUCUACAACCUCCUCGUAGGACUGAAGUACCUGCACUCCGCCGGCAUUUGGCACAGGGACCUGAAGCCGGCCAACUGUCUUGUGAACCAGGAUUGCUCCGUGAAAAUCUGUGACUUUGGGCUGUCCAGAGCGGUUUCAUCUGUACAGCAUGCCCCGUUGCCCAACACACCUCGGGGGGAGGAGGAGCCGAACGAGGUCGCGGGACCCGUGGUUCCCCACACGGCAAAAGCCAAGCGAACUAUGACGAGGCACGUGGUCACCCGUUGGUACCGAGCCCCGGAGCUGAUCUUGCUGCAGGAUAACUACAACGAGCAAAUCGACAUGUGGUCGGUGGGGUGCAUCUACGCAGAGCUUCUGCAAAUGCUGGAGGGUACCCACACGGAGGAUCGGGGCCCACUGUUUCCUGGUUCCAGCUGCUACCCACUUUCACCGGACCGAAAGCAUCGAAAAGAUCCGAGAUUCCAUACGUCCCUAGGUACUGACCAACUGAAUGUCAUUUUCGACCUGCUUGGUACUCCCUCGGAGGCCGAGAUUGCCCAGCUGCAGACGGAGGAGGCCAAGCAGCACAUCCGAGCGCUGGCGAGACGCGAGCGCAAAGGGGUGCGAAGCCGCUUCCCGGAUGCGCCCGACGCUUCCGUGGACUUGCUGGAGAAGAUGCUCAAGUUCACCCCGCGAGAAAGAGUGAACGUAGAUCUGGCUCUUGACCAUGAGCUGUUCAAAGACAUCCGGGACAGAUCGGUCGAGACGGUGGCGCUGGGAACUUGA